AUGGCAGCACCUGCUGUGAUGCCGCCAACCCAAUUCAAGCACUGCGACAAGUAUGCGGCCGCCGUCGCUAUCAUCAGCCACCCCGACGUACUGGCCGCCAUCUUUGAUCGCCUGCCAGCGAGCGAGCAGUGCGUAUCGGUGGGCGCGCUCAGCCGUGCCUGGCAGGGGUGGGCGGCGCCAAGGCGCGUCGCUCUGCAGCAGUACUGCAUUGGAGCGGAACCGGCAGGCCCCGUCGUCGAGAAAGUUGCCGAGAGCUGCCACCAGCUCUCCGGCUUCCAGCUGCCCCAGUGGAUUGUAUGCGAGCAGUGGCCGCGCCUGACGGCGGCGCAGCGCUCGACGGCCGCGCGCCGCGCUGCAGCGCAUGGCGACCUCGCGUCGCUGCGGUGGGCGCAUGGGGCGGGCUGCCCCUGGGAAGAUGCAGUGCUCUGCCAAAUGGCGGCCUACGGCGGGCAUCUGGAGGUGCUGCGCUGGCUGCGCGGCACCGGGUGCCCCUGCAACUUGAGCACCUGCGUCGCUGCGGCCCUCGGCGGCAACCUCGGCACGCUGGAGUGGCUGCACGGCGAGGGCUGCCCUUGGGAUGAGGCAGUGUGCAAAGCGGCAGGACGCACCGGCCAGAUCGAGACGCUGCAGUGGCUGCAUGGCGCGGGCUGCCCUUUGGACGGGCAGACGAGCAUGGCCGCCGCUCGUCACGGCCACAUGAAGAUUAUGCGGUGGCUGCGGGGCGCCGGCUUACCAUGGCGCGACUUCACGUGCGAAGCAGCGGCGGCCGGCGGCCACCUCAGCAUGCUGCAGUGGUUGUGCAACGCUGGCUGCCUUUGCACCGAACAAGCGUGCGCGGCGGCCGCGGGCAGCGGUCAUCUGGGGGUGCUGCAGUGGUUGCGCGGAAGGGGGUGCGCCUGGGACGCACUGACGUGCGCCUUGGCAGCAGGCGAGGGCCACUUGGACGUGCUGCGCUGGGCGCGUGGUGCCGGCUGCCCCUGGGACGAACGCACUUGCGGGAUGGCGGCGAUAGGAGGCCACUUGAGCCUGCUGCAGUGGGCGCGCAGCGCCGGCUGCCCUUGGAAUGGUAUGACGUGCAAGGCGGCGGCAUCUGCUUGCCAACUCGAGGUGCUGCGAUGGGCUCGCAGCGCGGGCUGCCCUUGGAACAAGAUGAUGUGCUAUCUCGUGGCUCAUAUAGAACAUCCUGACCUUUUUCGCUGGGCGCUCGGUGCGGCGUGCCCCUGGGACCGCCGUGCGCGCUCGGACCUUGCCCAAGCGAGUCGGCGCGCAGCUGUCCUCAAAUGGAUCAAGGAGCAGGCGGAUUAA